UUGUAUGUGGGAGUUUCUAAUGCUUUAAUAAAGGCGCGCUGCAUUUCACCUGAGUGAGUGUAUUCUCGCUGUUCAGUGUGCGCCCUGAGUGAGUGUCUGCUUUGUUCCUCAGCCAGAGGAGACACAUGGACGCUGUGGUGCGGGGCGGCGCGUCACUCAGGUAGCGCGUUCUUACACCCCGCGUUCCCCAGUCAAGUCGCAGUCCUGCCUGCAUCACCGCCGCGUUCCCCUUCGUUACACUGAAACAGACCUAUACACAGUGUCGGAUGGAAAAUUGAAAACUUUGGGAUUUUGUUUUUGCAAAUAUCUUGAACAUUCCCGAGUGUCACGAUGGCCUCUAUUGGGGACUUCGACCCGCUCCAUUCUACGGUACCGGCAACUAAGAUUGAAGUUACAGUCUCGUGCAGGAGUCUACUGGACAUGGACACUUUUUCGAAAUCAGAUCCUGUUGUCGUGUUGUACAUACAAGGCAUAGGGACAAAAGAAUGGAGAGAGUAUGGCAGAACGGAGGUAAUUGACAACACGCUGAAUCCAGACUUCGUGCGGAAAUUUGUUCUGGAUUUCUUCUUUGAGGAGAAGCAGAAUCUUCGGUUUGAUGUGUACAAUGUGGACACAAGAAGUUCAAACAUCUCCAAACACAAAGAUUUCCUGGGCCAGACAUUUUGCACACUUGGAGAGAUUAUUGGAUCUGCAGGCAGUCGCCUAGAGAGAACGCUAUCUGGAAUUCCAGGGAAGAAGUGUGGCACCAUCAUCUUAACCGCUGAGGAACUCAGCAAUUGCAGGGAUAUUGCUACUAUGCAGCUGUGUGCCAAUAAACUGGACAAGAAGGACUUCUUCGGCAAGUCUGAUCCUUUUUUGGUCUUCUACCGCAGCAACGAGGAUGGAACGUUCACUAUUUGCCAUAAGACAGAGGUAAUAAAGAACACUCUGAACCCGGUGUGGCAACCUUUUACCAUCCCUGUGCGUGCCCUGUGCAACGGUGACUAUGACAGAACUGUUAAAAUAGAUGUGUAUGACUGGGAUCGUGAUGGAAGUCAUGACUUUAUUGGUGAGUUCACGACUAGCUACAGAGAGCUAUCCCGAGGUCAGAGCCAGUUUAAUGUGUAUGAGGUUUUAAAUCCAAAAAAGAAAGGAAAGAAAAAAAAAUAUGUAAAUUCUGGCACAGUGACAUUGCUUUCCUUUAAAGUUGAAUCUGAGUACACAUUUGUGGACUUCAUCAGAGGAGGGACACAACUCAACUUCACUGUGGCCAUAGAUUUCACAGCAUCAAAUGGUAACCCGGCUCAGCCAACCUCACUGCAUUACAUGAGUCCUUAUCAGAUGAACACCUACGCUAUGGCAUUGAAGGCAGUGGGAGAGAUUAUUCAGGACUAUGACAGUGACAAGCUCUUCCCAGCAUAUGGAUUUGGAGCCAAACUGCCUCCUGAUGGCAAAAUCUCCCAUGCCUUUCCUCUGAAUGGUAACAGUGAGAAUCCAAACUGUGUGGGGAUAGAGGAAGUGCUGGAGGCUUACUUCCAAAGUCUCCGAAAAGUCCAGCUUUAUGGACCAACCAACUUUGCCCCGGUCAUUAACCAGGUAGCAAGGGCAGCUCAGGAGGUGACCGAUGGCUCCCAGUAUUUUGUGCUGUUGAUGAUCACAGACGGAGUCAUUUCAGACAUGGUGCAGACCAAAGAAGCCGUUGUCAAUGCUUCAUCUCUACCCAUGUCCAUCAUCAUUGUGGGUGUGGGUCCGGCUGAGUUUGAUGCUAUGGAGGAGUUGGAUGGUGAUGAGGUCAGAGUGUCAUCUAGAGGACGUUUUGCAGAAAGAGACAUUGUUCAGUUUGUUCCUUUCCGUGACUACAUCGACCGCUCUGGAAACCAGAUCCUGAGCAUGGCUCGGCUGGCUAAAGAUGUUCUAGCAGAGAUCCCUGACCAGCUGUUGUCCUUCAUGAAGAGCAAAGAGAUUGAACCACGUCCCGCCCCCCCUUCCGCCAGCAUGCCCAACAAACUCCCUGUCAACAUGCGCAUCUGAGCAUCUGCACAUUUUCCCGUCUGACAAAUGUUAGCACUGAUAAAGGCUUGGCAAGAAAACAACUUUGUGCAACCACAUUUAAAAAAAGUCCCAUUAUAUACAAAUCUUUAAUCUCUUUUUAACCUACAUGUCAUUUCUCAUGUUAGAAUAUUCCACAGAUUCAUAGAGAGAGACAAAAUGUUUUAAUAAAAACUGACAGCAAAAAAAGUAAGGAGAAUGAAGACAAAGCAAGAACAGAGAGUAAGUGGAUGAAAGAGUCACAGUCUGGAGUGAGUGGGCAGAUGAACUUCUGUUCUGUCCCAAAAAGUGAUGACCCUCAACAUACCUAGAACGGCAAAAAAUAAUUAACCAUUGGCCAAUCUUUAUUAGUACAGUUCUUUAUCAACUCAAAGUGACCAAAGAAGAACAUGAACUAUUAAACCAUAUAACCACAUACACAUAACCACAUAUUAACAACUAAUAAUGACAUAUUAAACAUAGCCGUUGUGCAUGU